UGCAACGUCACAGCUCCACGAUCGCCAAGCUACGCAAGACAAUAGAUACCGGCGAUCUUUUACAAUUGAUUUUACUUGAUACUCCUUUGGAUUGUGGUCCUUGACGAGCCGGAUGCUCGACCACGUUCACGAAUAAAGACGAUUUCCCCGCACACGUUGGCACGAUGGACAAGGUCAAGGCUCUACUCACCAACUUCCCCGAGGCGUUUGCCCGGGCUUCGAUCGAAAAGGCCGAUGAUGUUGAAAUUAGACGAUAUGUGGCAGAAUUGUCGGUGCUUGAUACUCUAGCCGCUGUUCCUGCAAAGGGUACAUCAUUUCUAGAGCUCCUCGAUCCCGCAACAAAUUCCGCAGGCUACCUUGUACUUUUAAACGCUAUUGUCAACAGCGAUUUAACUCGACUCGAUUACAUGCCACAACUGCAGGAUGCCAUUGUCGGCUUCGUCAGUGCCUUUAGGCCUGCCCAGGUCCGCUACGUAGGCAGAGCAUUCAAAGAGCUUCUGGCCGGCCUUGUUCACAAGGGCGUCUUCUCUCCCCGCAUCACCAUUGAAAUCCUGACAACCGCCAUUCUUCGACUCGACCCGACAGCGUCCACCUUCACCUCGACACAUAUGCUCUUGAUGAAGCACGCCGCCGAAACACAAUCAUAUCUUCCUGCUCUAGACAUUGCUAACCGAAACAUUCUUUACUUCCCGGUUGCCGUCUCAUCGCGACACAACAUGCUUGGCGCUAUGGGUGAUACGUCCAAGCGUGACUUCUUCCUCGGUGACGAUUCGCUUUCCCCGCCCGUAUUCAUCACCACUGGAAAUGGGUUCACCGAUAAAAUUACCUCCGCUAUGAUUCUCGAAUACAACUAUCUUCGUGGUCUUAUUUUCAUUUCUCAAAGGAACUGGAAAAGCGCCCAGGCUGCGCUGGAACAAGUUAUAAGCCACCCUUCAAGAGACCGAGGCGUCAGCAAGAUUAUGGUUGAAGCGCACCAAACCUGGAUAUUGGUUGGUCUCUUGAGUGAGGGAUCAACACCAGUGACACCCUCAUACACCUCCACGCACGCGAAAACCAGCUUCCAAGGUCUUAACGCCGCGUACACCGAAUUUGCCAAGGCGUUUUCACAGAAUAACGCAACAGAGCUUAAAUCGCUGUAUGAAAAGCACAAGAGUCUCUGGGAGGAACACAAAAACCUGGGGCUGGUGGAAGAGGUAAUGAAAGGCUACCAACAGUGGCAAAUUCUGCAGCUCCGCAAAGCUUAUAGCAACAUCACACUGGGCCAGAUAUGGCGCUCAACGCAAAAUGCAUACACUGGCAAUCAGCUCAGCAGCGAGGGCGAGGUUGCCGAGCUGAUUCAGUCUAUGAUUGCAAAUGGUGCUCUACAAGCCAAGUUGGAAACUAGUGAUGAUGGGGUUACAUAUGUGUCUUUUGAAGAGCGUGCUGUGGUCCAGACAGAAGCGGAAUACGCGCACGAGAUUGCUAGAUGCCACCGAAACGUCAAACAGCUUACAGCCCAGUACAAGUUCAUAGGAGAACAGCUGGCUAGCAACGACGAGUACGUCAAGUUUGUUGCUCGGGAACAGAAACGAGCAGACAAGGAUGGGCCAGAUCCCGGAGUAGGCUUUGACAGUCAGAUUGAGGAUGAGGAUCUGAUGACGGGCAUAGUAGCACACGGCUGAAAUGAGUUUAUGAAACCCAAUCGUUGGCAUGGCGUUGCGACUCUUCGUCAUUUUUAAGCUUUUCAUGAUAGAUUUUUACAAUAAAUUUGCUCCUAAGCGAGACAUGUGGUAAACUGAG